GGCCCCAUUGUACGCACACCACCACCACCACACACAACACGACACCAACCACCAUCGCUGCUCCCCUCAGACCGCCGUGAAAAUCCGAAAUAAUCUCGCCGCGUUUUUGCGAGUAAAUCUCGGGGGUUUCUUUUAAGGAGGCGGCGGCGGCGGUGGUGGUGGUGAUGUUAACGCGUUAACUUUUGUCGUGGCGCUGUUCGCCUGUGGUUGGGGAUAUAUAUUUUUUUUAAAAAAAGCCGUGUUUUUCUUGCGUUCCUGAUAGGGUCCUUAAUGAUGCAGGCUCUUUGCAACGCCGUAAUAAAUUAUGCUAAUAAGCUUUCUCACACAAAGCAUCAUUAACAUAAAAUAUUAUCCCGCGUGAAACGGUUUUUUUUUCCCGGGCUUGCGAUUUUUUUAUAACGCGAUUUGUUACGGGGUGGGGUUUUUUUUUCUUCUUAUUCUCCUUCUCCCUACGUCUGCGAGAUUUCGCGCCGACCCCAAACAAAAAAAAAUCGCCUCGGGAGAUUGCGUUUCGUCUCGGAAGCACGACGGCGGAGAAAUCGGUGGUGGCUGCUGCUGCGACGUGGGCAACGAAAAGCCUGGAUAGUGCUCGGGAUGGGUGACCGGCCCUGUGUAUUCACCAGGCGCUGUAGGAUGUCGCGAUGCUGUUUUCGCAACAGAGGGCGACACAGGGAACUCUAUUGUACUGUACUUAUCUACCCUCACCUCCUUCUACCCCAUGUCAAUCCGCCUUAACAAAACGCGUCUAUGCUGUCCCGCAUUCAUCAACCAACCCCGCGCUGACGAACACCGUGGGCCAAUUCAAGACGCUGCUGGGAACAGUGCCGCAUUGCGAUCCCGGCCAUCAGCAAUUUUUCAUGAGGACACGAUAAGGAACAUCUUCCCACAAUGAACUCCAAAUGGAUGGUCUCGCAGAUGUACAGGAGGUCCGUGAUCUCACCGGAACAGCACCAGAUUCUGCAGCACUUUUACGACGUCGGGAUGACCAACCAGAGUGUGCAGUGCUUUGGUCUCAUCAUGGACUGCUCACAGCAGACGGGUCUCGACUACAACGUCGUUCGGGCUUGGAUCGGCAACAAGAGGAGAAAGCUGAUGCAAGAAGCCGUGAAGGGAAUGAAGGCGGAAGAGCAGCUGCAUUCAGAGCACCACCAGCACCAGACGCUGCACCACCAGCACCAGCCCGCUCACCACCCGCCUCCGCUGGGCAGGGCCGUCGUGAAGACAGAGCCCUCGCUUUCCCCCGUGCCGGCCGGCUUGGCACUGGCAUCGUCGCCGAUGCAGCUGCCGCAGUCGAGGCAGCAGCAUUUGCCGCAGGGCUCGCCGCUGGUCCGCAUCCUGCCAAAAACGCCAAUGUCUCAGCUUUCCCAGAGCUGCCAGUCCAAGCUGCUGUCGGUGGCCACGCCGCGGAUGGGAGGCACCAGCCCUGGGAUGGCGAUGCCGGGCGGAGUGGCGGACCGCGGGAGCUUCCACGUGGGGCACAUGCAGCGAAUGGUGUCGCACGGCCAGGGCAGUGGCAGUGGACAGAUAUGCCGAAGUGGAAAGGUUGAGGUCCCUUUGCCAAGUCGUCCAAGCAAAGUGUAUCCCAGUGGGUUUCUGGACCACACCAAUUCCCAACGGGUCAAGUUUCCUGGCGUACAGCCAAAGGUGGAGCAGCUGGCUGAGAGCGUAAGUUCGCCGAGGCAGUGGGGAGCCGAGCUGCUGGGCGGCCGGAACAGCGGCCCGCGCGAGCCCAGUCAGCCCAAGCUGCCCGGCGCCGCGUCCUUCGGUCCGUACGACCUGGAGAUCCAGAACGUCGUGUCGCUGGGCGCCGGGCCCUCCACCAGCAAAGCGGCCUCUUCCUACUACAAACAAGCGGCGCAGACCAAGCCAUCAGCUAACUCAGCCUCUGGCAAUGGCAACAGCUUCUCCAUCGCCAUGGAGACCGGCGACUUGGAUGAGUACUCGCGAGAGGAGGAGAUGGCCCAAUCCGGCUGCCAGCUUCAGGAGAGCUUCAUGGAGUACAUCGACCUGGAGGAGGAUGAGGAGGAGGAUGAGGAGGGGGACGCCGGGGCGCAGGAGGACGCCGCCGACAAACGCAAUGGCAACGACGCGGGCGACGAUGCCAAGAUGGAGCCAGGGGACGGUGGCGCCGGCGGCGGCGGCGGUGGCGGCGCCGUUGGCGGCGGCGGCGGCGGCGGUGGCGGUGGUGCCGCCGAGACGGGCGACGCGGGCCCGCGCGUGCAGCCCUUCUCCCCCUCGCAGGACCGCGUGGUGCGCGCGGCCAAGUCCCUCGUGUGCCUCUCGGAGUCCGUGAGCCGCAUCGGCUCCCCCUCCGUGCACGCCGCCAAGAGUGACGGUGUUGCCGUGUCCGGAAGUACGCCGCACCAGCCCGUGUCGCCUAUUACCUCGUUCACUCAAGGAUUCCUCCCCAUUGGAACACAGAGCCCAGGGCAGCACCAGCCAUACCUGCUGAAUGUUGGCUUGGGUGGAAUGCCCUAUCUGUCACCUGGAAGAAAGAGAGUGAUGCAGGACCGCACGCAGUUCAGCCCCCGAGACCUGGUGAUGCUGAAACGCUACUGGGAUAAUGGUAUGACCAGCCUGGGCACUGUGUGCCGUGAGAAGAUCGAGUCUGUGGCCAACGAACUCAACAUAGACUUUGAGAUCGUCAAGAACUGGAUAGGAAACCAGCGGCGAAGAUGCAGGCAGCAAGGCAUGGAGCCACCUCAGCCCCGCGGCGGCCCUCCUGACUUCCCCAGGGACCCCAAGGAGAACCAGGGGUCCCAUCACCACCUCACUGAGAUCGCCUCGCAGUACCUGGGCCGAGGGAUGCAGGACAUCUCCUUGGAUGGCCACGGCCAGCAGGACUGCGAUAUCGCGCAGAGCCCCGGGAGCCACGAUGGCAGCUGCUACGACAUUGACAGCAACGGGAUUGCGAGCGGCCUGCGGGGUCACGACGACGGCGAGAACGACGAGGACGGCUGCCUGAUCGGCGAACUGGAAGACGCCGACUCGGCGGACAGCAUGGACGCGCAGCACCUGGAGCACACACAGGGCGAGAUGAUGUACGAUGCCGGGCCCAAGGACGGAAGCCGCCGCCGCCGCCGCCGCGGCCGCCACCUCGACAACGAGAGCUGCGGCUCGUCCGAGGACAAGGAGGCGUCGUCGCCGGGAGGGCGCGCCUCCGCCGAUGGAAACCACCUCCCCGGCGACGCGUACGAAAUUCCCGGGGAGGAGCAGAACAGCGACGGGUACCAGGAUCAGGAGGGCGCCGCGUCGCCGGAGCAGGCGGGCGACAGCGACGACGCGCGGAGUCGAUGCCAAGAGGAGGACGAUUACUCCUCGCAGAAGACGUCGAUGAUCGAGGAGCUCCAGGGUGAGGUGCAGAGACAGAGGGAGGAGAACUUGUUCCUCCGAAGGCUUCUGGCGGACGUGGCGUCGCACGUCCAGGAUGAAGACUGGCAGGGGCUACAGAACCUGGUCGCGUCGCUGCCCGAGCACACGACAUUCACCGAGGGAGAGGAGAAUUCUGGCAGUGAGCACCCGCCAACUGGAAAAGCAGCUUGCGAGAACCUUGUCGCUUCGCUCUCCGAGGAAUUGUGCUUCGACCAGGGGGACGCCCCUGAGCAGUCCCCACCUCCGAGUGAAGAGGCUCACGAGCACCUGGAUGCUUCGCUGUCCGAAAAGGAAGAUGCGUCUUUUGUGAGUGAGCAACCGCUCCCUGAUGAUGCAGCUGAAAAGGAAUCUCAAGACCUGUGUCUCAAUAAUCGCAGCUCUCUAGCUGCAGGUGGAAUGUCUGUGGCCGAAGCUGAGCUUGGAACAUGAGAGUCUGUGCUUUAACGUCGAAGCGUUGCUAUAAAUUAUGAAAAGUGCUCAUAACCAUUCAGCCUUUCAGUUUUAAUUGUUAAACUGGUAAACUCUGAAAAAGUAUUAUUUAAACGUGUUAUUAUUGUGUACACUAUUUAUUUUGUUAAAGUUUUGAGGUAGAUCUAUGAGAUUUUGUAACUUGUAAGUUAUAAUGUUAGUCUUAUUACUGCAGUGCCCCAUAUCUAGCAUAAGUAUGUUUUAUACAGAACGUGUGACUACAUGCGCUGCAGUAUCUGAAGAUGCAAGUCCUAUUCUCCUGCAUUUUCACCCCAGAUUAGCACGGUUGGAUACGUACGGUGCGUAAUAAGUUCUACAUAAUGCUCAUUUUUGGUAAUUUCACAAUGCAAUGCAAGUCGUUUUUAUAAAGCAUCUAUCCAGGUACGAUUUUAUUUCAAGAUGCUUACGAAUUCCUAUAAUGCCACCACAAACACAAUUUCCCCAGUGAAAUUAUGCCCUUUUUAAACUCUGUAGGUGUAAAUGAGAGACGCAACAAGUUAUCCUCUCCACCCUUCAAAAAAUUGUCACAAUUCGAUUUCAUUCAUUUACGUUUGUCAUUUGUGUUUACAGCAAGGGUGGGCAACCUUUUCCUUGCUGAAUGCCAAAUCGGGCGUUCAAAAAUUCCGUCGGGCUGCCACUUUGUUAACACGCAGCUCGCUCGUGUACACGAGGGCCCUUCCUUGCCAGUGAGUGACCGAAGUGACUCGGCGCGUUACAUAAUUAGAUUUAACGAUAUUCCCUAAGGUGGUGCUUGCGGAGAUAUGAAUCGUGGGGGCCAUUUCGAAGUGGGUAAGCAUUGUGUGGCAGCCGGUCGUGUGAAAAAAAAAAAAAUUGCAGGCCAUAGGUUCCUGACCCCUAGUUUUUAGAAUGGUGUUAAUUCAAAGUAUUGUAGUUUGAAUCGUAAGCCGCGGAUUCUCGCACACAAUUCUACGCAUGUACGGUGAAGUGUUGCAUCCUUUGUUAAUGCGUUAUUUAGGUUGGAUAUGCGGUGGUUGGCGCACACUGCACGAUCAACCUGGCAACACGAGUUCUAUUCGAUUUCCCGUCAUGGUUUGCAUCAGUGGCGAGUGACAUCUGAACUGCUUCUGACCUGGACUUCACUAACCAAACAUUGACCAGCGUGGGGAGUAGGGGUGUUUCAGAUAUUGCUUAUUUUUUUAAUUUAAGAACAAUGAUCAAUUUGCUUUGGAUGCCUGGAUCCGUGCACAUUGUGUACUCGCAUUAAAUGUCUUCGUGGUAACAAUGGUGACCAUCAUAAUGUCAAGUGACACCUAUUUGGUGGGAAAGCACGAAGCUGGUAAUGUCACUUCCGAUUUUCAGAUCAAUCAAAAAAACUAUUUGGGAUCCAUCUGACAUUUCACAUCCAGGCUGACUUUUCUAAUUUUAUUUUGGGAUUAGUUUGAACAUCGAAAGCACCUUCCCUGUGUGGAGAGGCCUUCAUCCAGCAGUGGUUUGACAAAGGACUGUACGCAUGCACAUGCGUACACUUUUCCCCCAUGCGAGAGUGAGAUUUAAGCAUCUUCGCCACAAAGCCACAGAACCAGAGUAACUCGCACCAAAGUCUGUCUCGUGCAUUUAUUUACGAGCCCGUGGCACUAUUCACGAGGGUCUGUACCGUUAACAGCACGCAUCUCCGAUUGGUUACCCAAGGUCUAUCUUGCAAAUUAAAUAAUGCGGCUCAAUGGGCCAUGAGCUCUUUAACGGACAUCGAAUUUUAAUUCAAUGAAUUUGUAAUUAACAUUUUUGGCACUCGGAUAAAUGGUUUAACACCUAGACUUCCGCGACCAAUAUCUAUAAUACUUUGGUGGGGGGUUUGAUCGUGUAAUAUGUGUGGUUGGCUCUCGAACACCGGUGUGCUGUACAAGAAACGAAUUGGCAUGUUCUGUCUACAUGACAAACCUUACUCAUUGGCUGUGCCGGGUGGUGGCGGGUUGGACGAUACAUUUAUGCGAUCUAACCCAAAAAAAAAACCUGUAUUAUAGAUAAAUAGUGUUUAAAUUUUCAAACAUU